AUGGCUCCUAUCCAGCAAAACAUGGCGUAUUACAUAAAAUCGUCUUUAUCAAUUGGAACGAAAUUAUUGAUGCCUCAAACUACACGCUUUUUAUCAGUAUCUUCAGCUCUUCGUAUACCUAUUCAGGUUGGCGAUAAACUUCCAAGUUCAACAUUGUUUGAACACAAUCCUGGAGAAAAGUUUGUUACAACAGAAUUGUUUAGCAAAGGGAAACAUAUCAUUUUUGGAGUCCCAGGAGCAUUUACACCUGGUUGUUCACAGACUCAUUUGCCUGGUUACAUUAAAAAAUAUGAUGAGCUUACCAAAAAAGGCAUACUGUCUAUCGCUUGCAUCUCUGUCAAUGAUCCAUUUGUGAUGGAUGCAUGGGGCAAAGUCCAUAAAGCUGAUGGAAAGAUUCGAAUGUUAGCAGACGUCGAAGCAGAAUUUACCAAGGCAAUGGGCCUCAGUAUUGAUCUAACAGCUGUUCUUGGGAACCACCGAUCUAAACGUUAUGCAAUGGUUGUGGAGGAUGGAAUUGUCAAGUCUGUGUAUAUUGAACCUGAUGGAACUGGUCUAACUUGCAGUUUGGCUUCCAACAUCAUUAAUGACUUGCAAAUUUUCACCCCCUCAACUUUUCACUAUCUAUCUAUCUAUCUAUCUAUCUAUCUAUCUAUCUAUCUAUCUAUCUAA